UGGUCACCUCCAGCACAGGUAGCUGGAAUGACGGAAUUAAAUAGAGCUGCAUUUAAUCAAGUAUUUCAAUUGCCGGCUAUUCGUAUCCAACCGAAAUUAUGCUCGCUUUUCCUUCGACAAUUACAAUCUAAGACAUUCAAUCAACAGCGUAUUCCUAAUAUCCAACUGGAUCAAACCGAUAAAUUUAAAAAAAUUGUCUUACUCCACCCUCAGGCCCAAUUCGAUGACAAGGAGUUGCAAUUUGUUCGUGAUCAUCAUGGUGAAUUAUGUAGUCAUCAUCUACCGGUUAACUACGAUCAUUGGUCGGUCAAGGAUGUCCUAAGAGCGAUUUUAAGGCCUGAUACAGACCAAGCUAUUACAUCAUUUGAAAGUGUUGGUCAAAUAGCCCAUUUAAAUUUACGUCCUCCUAUGCAGAAUUAUAAGAAAUUAAUCGGCCAAGUUAUACUAGAUAAAAAUCCACACUUAAAAACUGUUGUCAAUAAGACCAGUGAAAUCGACAAUCAAUUUCGAGUAGCGCCGUUGGAAAUUUUAGCAGGUGACGAUUGCAUGAUCACUACAGUGAAAGAGAAUGAAUGCCAAUUCCGGUUCGAUUAUAGUAAAGUUUACUGGAAUUCUCGAUUACAUACGGAGCAUCGCCGAAUUAUUGAUUUACUCCAGCCAAAACAAGUUAUUGUCGACGUUUUUGCCGGCGUGGGACCGUUUGCUAUCCCUGCAGCAAGGAAAAAUUGUAUUGUAUAUGCAAACGAUUUAAAUCCGGAUUCUUAUCACUGGCUACUCCAUAAUAGCAAAACAAAUAAACUAGGAAAACAAUUUUAUACGUUUAAUUUAGAUGGUCGAGAUUUUAUCCAACAAAUUGUAAGAGAUAAAAUUAUAAAUGAAGGAACAACGGAGAGCAAGAAUUUACUCGUUAUCAAUCACAUUAUUAUGAAUUUGCCGGCGUCAGCAAUCGAAUUUUUAGAUGUCUUCCGCGGUCUCUAUAAAAAUAGCCCGCUACAUAAGUCAAACUCAAUCGAAAUUGAUAGGCGUUAUUUACCACGUAUACAUUGCUAUUGCUUUUCUAAAGCAGAAGAUAGAAAAAUUGAUGUAAUUCAUCAAGUAGAAAAUGUUCUUAAUACAUCGCUUAAGGAAGGAAGUUAUCAUGUCUACGACGUACGAGAUGUCGCUCCCGAUAAACACAUGAUGUGCAUUUCUUUCGAUUUACCACUUGAUGUU